AUGUCUUCUUCCCAGACAUGUGCACGGCUUCCUGUAUUUGACAUCUCUCAGCCCUUUACCCCAUCUUCCCUCUCCUCCCUCUCUCAAGCUUGCCAACAAUGGGGUUUCUUCCACAUAAUCAACCAUGGAAUUUCCACACAUCUAUACAGGAAGCUUUACACACAUUCCAAUCGUCUCUUCACUCUCCCUUCCCACACCAAAUGCAAGGCCGGUCCUUCUUCUUCCAUUAACACCUACACUCCUCCUUUCAUUGCUUCCCCUUUCUUCGAAAGCCUUCGAGUCUCCGGCCCGGACUUCUUCUCUUCUGCUCAGAGUUCAGCCGAAAUUCUCGUCGACGACUCGGAUUCGGAAUUCAGUGAGGUAGUAGAGGAAUAUGGGAAGAAGAUGAGUGAGCUAUCGAAGAAAAUUGUACAGGCUGUUUUGAUGAGCUUGGGAAUCGAUUUCGAGAAGAAAUUUUACGAGACCGAAUUCAGAAAUUGCCAUGGUUACCUGAGGAUAAACAAUUACUUGCCACCGCCGUCGGAGGAAAAGGUCGAGGAAGAUAAAAUUGAAGGGCUAGGAAUGCACACAGACAUGAGCUGCGUGACGAUUGUGUAUCAGAACGAAAUUGGUGGACUCCAGGUUAGAUCCGUGGAAGGGAAAUGGAUGGAUAUAAAUCCAUGUGAGGAGACUCUUGUGGUGAACAUUGGGGACUUAAUGGAAGCAUGGAGUGAUGGGCGAUUGAGAUCGUCCGAACACAGAGUUGUUUUGAAGAAAUCUGUUAAUAGAUUCUCUGUGGCCUUCUUCUGGUGCUUUGAAGAUGAGAAAUUGAUUUAUGCACCCAGUGAAGUUGUGGGAGAAGAAAAUGUAAGGAGGUAUAAGCCGUUUGUUUGCAGAGAUUAUGUGAGAUUUAGAGAGAGCAGUGAGGAAGGUAAGUUUGAGAAAGUUGGAUACACUGUCAAAAACUUUGCAGGUAUUGAAAGCUGAAAGUUUAUGAAAGUCAAUCACGCUAAACCCAUAAAUAUUUAUGUAUAUGUUUACUAUAUAUAUAU